GAGCCCGCGGGCGCGCGUGCACGGCGCGGCGUGCGCAUUCACGCGGGAGAAGAGCACACGGGCCGGUGUCGAGCAGCAGCGAGAAGGAUGGAGGUCCGACCUGACAGGUUCAAGGCGGUGGCGGCCAAAACUUUGGGCAGGAUUAACAGGUUGAUUGACAAGCAGCAGCCUAAUGGAGAAACCAUCGAGCUGUCAGCGGAGGGCCGCCCAGAGCUGGUGCAGGAGAAGGAGCUGCCCGUGGUGGAUUGUACAUGCUUUGGCUUGCCCAGGCGUUACAUCAUCGCCAUCCUGUCUGGCCUAGGCUUCUGCAUCUCCUUUGGCAUCCGCUGCAACCUGGGCGUGGCCAUUGUGAGCAUGGUCAACGACCACACUGUCUACAAAGGAAACAAGGAAGUGCUGGUGGCUGCACAGUUCACUUGGGACCCGGAGACAGUGGGUAUGAUCCACGGCUCCUUCUUCUGGGGCUACAUUGUCACACAGAUCCCAGGAGGUUUUAUAUGUCAAAAAUUUGCAGCCAACAGAGUGUUUGGCUUUGCCAUCGUAGCCACGUCCACCCUGAACAUGUUGAUCCCAUCUGCUGCCCGCUGCCAUUACAGCUGCGUCAUACUGGUCAGAAUAUGUCAAGGCCUUGUUGAGGGUGUGUCAUACCCUGCCUGCCAUGGGAUUUGGGCCAAAUGGGCUCCUCCACUGGAGAGAAGUCGAUUAGCCACAACGGCCUUUUGUGGGUCAUAUGCAGGGGCAGUGGUGGCCAUGCCUUUAGCUGGGAUACUGGUGCAAUACACUGGGUGGCCUUCUGUCUUCUAUGUCUAUGGCACCUUUGGGAUAUUCUGGUACAUGUUCUGGGUCCUGGUGUCCUACGAGAGUCCAGCUGCCCAUCCCACCAUCACCCCAGAGGAGAGGAAGUACAUUGAAGAUGCAAUCGGGGAUUCUGCGUCAUUUCUCAACCCUCUGCAGAAAUUCAAGACCCCAUGGAGGCACUUCUUCACCUCCAUGCCAGUCUAUGCCAUCAUUGUGGCCAACUUCUGCAGGAGUUGGACUUUCUACCUGCUGCUCAUCAGCCAGCCGGCUUACUUUGAAGAAGUGUUCGGCUUUGAGAUCAGCAAGGUGGGCAUGGUGUCAGCUUUGCCGCAUUUAGUGAUGACCAUCAUUGUUCCUAUAGGAGGACAAUUGGCCGACUACCUCAGGACACACAACCUAAUGACCACCACCAACGUCAGGAAGCUCAUGAAUUGUGGAGGGUUUGGGAUGGAGGCCACCCUCCUGCUGGUGGUGGGAUAUUCGCACACUAAAGGCGUGGCCAUCUCCUUCCUGGUCCUCGCCGUCGGCUUCAGCGGCUUCGCUAUCUCAGGUUUUAAUGUCAACCACCUGGACAUCGCCCCGCGUUACGCCAGCAUACUGAUGGGCAUCUCAAACGGGGUGGGGACAUUGUCAGGAAUGGUGUGUCCUCUCAUCGUGGGCGCCAUGACUAAACAUAAGACACGUGAUGAGUGGCAGUACGUCUUCCUUAUAGCGUCCUUGGUUCAUUAUGGAGGAGUCAUUUUCUACGGACUCUUUGCAUCGGGGGAAAAGCAGGCGUGGGCCGACAUCGAGGACACCAGCGAGGAGAAGUGCGGCAUCAUCGACGAAGACGAGCUGGCCAACGAGACGGAGGACCUCUACCGUGGCGGCGGUGGCCAGUACGGCGCCAUGAGCCAACAGGCGGUCGGUACAAACGGCGGCGGAGGAGGCGGCCCUGGAUGGGUUUCGGACUGGGAUAAGUCAGAGGAGUACGUGCAGCCGCCUGGGUACAACUCAUACACGAGCAGGGGCGUCGAGGAGAAGAAGCUGACGUAGGGAAAAAAACUGAUGCAACAAAUAUUAAUCAAGGAGGGAGGUUGUAAGUCACUGCAAAACAGGAAGAACUUGCUGUGUGCGUUUGCACAAUGACAAAAGUAUCCUUUUUCUGUGUGCGUGUGUGUGAGUGUGUGUGGCUACAUUUGUGUACGUCAGUGCUAAACAAAAUACAUCAACACGUACACUAUUUAUUUGCUCAUCUCAUCGCCCACGCCUCCUUUUUGGAGCUUGGCUCGCUAUGAUUGGUCCAUUUCCAUGACAUCACAGAAGAGGAAGUACAGCAACACCUUUCUCUUACACUGUUCCCAUUGUGUUGUAUUUCAUAUUGUAACAUGUUUUUAUUUUUAGUGUUAGGGAAUCUACUUAAAUCACGGGUGUCCAAACAUUUUCUGCAAAGGGCCAUUUUGUUAUUUUUCAUUUGCAAAGCCAAUAAGUUAUUGGGAUUUUUAAGCAGUAUUUUUUAACCAUAACCACCGUUAAUGGGCUGCCAAAAAAUGUUCUCAGGUGUGGUCUGUGUAGGCCACAGCUUUGCUCAGUUGUAGUACACUUUUCCACCACCUGUGGUAGUCAUGAUAAUCUCAAACAAACAGAAGAGGUCUGGAGCUAAAGUGAGAGAAGCUUCUUAGGUGCAAUAUUCAUGACUAAAGUGGUGAAGAUGUAUUUUCAUUUGCACUUUAAUUUUAUUGAUAGUUCAGUUAAGAAACAUAAUAAUUUUGUUUAUUCAUUUUAGCGCAACAUAAUUGAAAGUAAAUGUAUUUUUCGGCAGUUAUUUAUGAGUCCCUUUUUAUGCAGUAUAUUGGGUUAGUACUUAAUUGUCUAAUCAGCCUGACCUCAGCCUAAGGUUUAUGUGUUAAAUAAGUAAUACUCUUUGGGAUUAGUACAUGGUUUCAUGUCAUUUGACAAGGUUGCAAACUGUAAGUAGGUUAGAUAUAAUUAUUGAAUACCAUUAAAAUCAAGAGUAAGAUUACUAAUUCAAUGUUAAUUUUUGAGUUUUCCACUCUGCAGUGGAAAAGUUGGACCCCGAGGUUAAGAACACCUCUAUUAAAUAGGAAAGAAAACAACUGCAUGUGUUUUUUUGUUUCUAUUAGGGGUGUUUGAUAAUUCAAUAUCCAAUAAUGUUAAAAAGAAAAUAAAUAAAAUUGUAAAUGUUCAAAUGAGGGCAGAUUACCCAUACUGUGGUGCAGGUGGGUUAGGGUGAGCUUGUAUUGUAAACUUCUCCUGAGCUCAUAUAAAACAAACGUAACAUCGAUCACUAUGAGACUUUGUCGCGGUUUCUGAGGAAGAAGACAUUUCGAGUGUUAUUUGCACCAAAUAAAAAAUGUUAGCUAGCGUAAUAAGACGCCUGCUGCGAAAAAGAAGCUGUCCCAAAGACAGGUGCAAUCAAAGUACUGCCAAAUCUAAAUAAAAAAAAAUAAAUUAAGUUCAGUGUCGGUCUUGAGAAGCAAGUUUUUAGUGUCAACAUUUCAGCUUUUUCUCACUACUUUACACCUAUUUGCUCUUUUAUCCCACUUUUUAUGUUUUUUUGUCUACUCUUUUUAGAAUGUGUGGCGGCCUGCUAAAUUUUUUUGCUGCACUUUGGACACCCCUGACUUAAAUGCAAAAAUGUUACGAUAAACAAUCAUCAAGGGGUAAAAAAGGUGCUUGCUAAAUUUUUUUGCUGCACUUUGGACACCCCUGACUUGAAUGCAAAAAUGUUACGAUAAACAAUCAUCAAGGGGUAAAAAAGGUGCUUAUUUGUUGCACUAUGACAAGCCUCCUUUCAUGUGCAUAUUUGACACAUGCUGGAGCUUGUGCACAAACAUGCCUACAUGACACUGACCCGAGUCUGACCUAACUGGGUCAUACCCAUCUAGGCUCAUGGGUCACAAGGCAAAGUAUCCCGACUAAAUCAUCCGACACUCGGGCCGGGAUGUCAGGUAGAGGAUGGCCAAAACACGGUGUGUGUUUUUCCUUUUUCUGUCCUCACUGCUUUGUUUUCCUCCAUCAAAGCAGUUCUUUCUAGUACCCAAACAAAGGGAGGGGGGACAUUCGAAUUCAGUGUGUGAGGUUGUCUAUGUGUGUGUGAUAGUGACUGUGCUGUUGUGUCGGUUGGGUACAGGUGCUGAAACCUUGUGCAGUGAGCAUGUUGUAAUGAGCACAGCAGUGCACCCCCACCUCCUUUCCUGUACUCCUUUAACACAAGGUGGUCUCACUCAAAUGCACCACGCGUGCAGGGAGAGUGGCGGCACACUGUAUUUGGCACACUUAAUGAAACAUAUCUUUUAUUUUAUUUUUAUUUAUUUUUUAAAGUGUGGGGUUUUUUGUAUACCCCCUUUAAAGCAGUGAUGCAUUGGCAGCUGGGUAAUGGAGUCGAGGGGAGCUCUGUGCACCAGCAUAUAGACAGAGCCAAGAGACUCAAGACAGGAAGGAUACAAAAACACUGCAUGCACUCACAAGUCGCAAUAAUGCACAGGCAUCGCUUCAAAGUUAAAGGUGAUUUGAUCUCAUUCUCUGGGGAGCAAAAUACACUGCAGGAAUGUUUUUUUUUUAAAAUUAUUUAUUUAUUUAAUUUCUAAAGUUAAAUGUUAUAACAAUAUGAAUGAUAAUUCUGUGAAAACUUUUCAGUUGUCAAUGUUGUAUUUGUGUAUUUUUAAUGGACUUUCUUUUUUGACUCAUAGUUUAUUCCAUUGCCGUCUUCCUUGCUCCUAAUGAGAUGUGUUAAAACUUAAUGGGAAAUUAGUGAAAAUAUUUUAAGAUUGCAAAAAAAAAUGUGUACAAAGGAUGUAAAUGUGAAAUAUCCUGGUGUAUAAUAAAAUUUAGGCAGCAAUUUAAA